AAAUAUUAAAGUCGAUCAAAAAUAUUUUAUCUGUAGCCGAUUUUUUCCGCUCUUGUCAAAUUGAAGCGAGUCCUUCGUUGAUUCCUUCUGUACCGAAUAUUCCUAAAUAAAGGAAUCUUCCUAGAACCCAAAAUAACAUCAAACAGAGAAUCCACAAUGCCAGAACUGACAGAGUUGGACAAGGCCACCGCCUCCAUGACUGAGAAGCGCAAGGAAGAGACUGCUUCCUCUGACAGUGACUCCGAUGACACCAUCCCAGAAUUGGAAGAUGCUGGUGCACCAGGCACUGGAGGCAUCUCCAACCCAAUCGCGGGCAUCGACAUCGUGUCCAAGGCGAAACAGUCUCGCGGUGAGAAGAAAGCCCGCAAGAUCAUGAGCAAACUUGGACUCAAACCCGUGCAAGGAGUUAACAGAGUAACAAUCAGGAAGUCGAAGAACAUCCUCUUUGUGAUCAACUCCCCUGAUGUAUACAAGAACCCCCACUCUGACACAUACAUUGUGUUCGGAGAGGCCAAGAUUGAGGACCUGUCCCAACAAGCCACCAUGGCCGCUGCCGAGCGGUUCAAGGCUCCGGAGAGCGCUGCUGCAGGCACCGAUGCUGCUGCUGCUGGAACGACAGUGGCGCCCAUAGCCGAGGAAGAGGAUGAGGAAGGAGUUGAUGACACCGGUGUGGAUGAAAAGGAUGUCGAGAUAGUAAUGUCACAAGCCAACGUGUCACGAGCGCGGGCCGUCCGGGCGCUGCGGAACAACCAAUCCGAUAUUGUCAACGCUAUUAUGGAGCUGACAAUGUAGAGUUCCUGGGCAUAGUCAAGAGUAUGUUAACUGUUCUAGCUUUAAGUCUCCGAUAAACUAUCCUCGAGUGGGAGCGAGCCACAUGUAUCAAUAUAUUUGAUCUCCCAUUCGCACACUCUCAGAAAACCCAAAGGUCGAUAUCAAUUAGACUUGUUUUGUACGGUACGGGAUGUAUAUAGGCUUACUUCAAUACAAUAAAAUUAUGGUAAUACUA